UAGGGAUGGCUGGAGAUGCAACUCAGCUGUAGAGCACUGAGGUUUGGGGUGCAAUCCAGUACCGCAUAUACACACUCAGAGAAGCCAAAGUGCAUCCCAGGUGGGCCCAGCAGGUGUGAUACCCCCUCCCAGGCAGUACAGAGUGCUCUCCUGGCAUUGCCCUCCUUGAAACCCUGUGCUCACCAGUGUUCCCCUCUCCAGGACCCUCACGUGGACCAGUAUGAAGCCAAAGAGUGGACGUUUAUUAUUGAAAAUGAGUCCAAGGGACAGAGAAAGGUGCUGGCCACAGCUGAUGUGGAUCUGGCUCGCCAUGCCGGGCCUGUGCCUGCGCAGGUUCCGCUUCGACUGCGACUCAAGCCCAAAUCUGUGAAGGUGGUGCACGCUGAGCUGAGCCUCACCCUUUCUGGGGUGCUGCUGCGUGAGGGCCGUGCCACGGAUGAUGACAUGCAGAGUCUGGCCAGUCUCAUGAGUGUGAAGCCUAGUGACGUGGGCAACUUGGAUGACUUCGCUGAGAGUGAUGAGGAUGAAGCCCAUGGCCCUGGGGCUCCUGAGGUCCGGGCACGAGGCCCCCAGUCAGAUCUCUCACGAGAGCUGAAGACGCUCUGUGAAGAUGAGGAAAGUCACACACGGCCCCAGCAGGCAGCUGCCAGAUCCUCUAGUGCUGAAGAUACCAACCCUGCCCCUGUGAGUGCCCCUGCGCCCCCGGCCAGGGCCUCCCGGGGCCAGGGGUUAGAACCAGCUGCUACAGCCGGGGGCCAGGUGGGGCCUGAAACCCCAAGGCCCCCACAGUCCCCACCAGAGACAAGGUCCACCAGGCAGCCAGGCCAGGACAUGGUCCCCACCCCAGCCCCUCGGCUCCAGAAAGGCUCUGAUGUAUCCCGGUCCCCAGUACCCUACACGGGGGAUGAGGGUCCUCCAACAGGAAUGGGUUCUUCUGGGGAGACCCAGGCCCAGAUAAGCUCUCAGGAAGGGACAGAGGCCCAUGGAACCAAGCCAGAGCCAGACAUUGAGGGCAGAGACUUUAGAGAUGCUUCAGGAGGAGAAAGAUCCGAAGUUGAAGAGGGGGACGCUGGGGACAGGGCAGAGGCUAGUGGGGCAGGAAACACAGAGAAGAACACUAAGGAGCCAUGCAUCACAGCUGGAGAGGCUGAAGAGAGUUCAAAACUCCAUCAAGUAGAUGCUGAGCAGACGGCAAAGGUACACCAUAUAGCCAUGGAGGGACCAGAGGAUGCAGUACUGGGGCCCAAGACAAGACUCAGGGAAAUUCCUGAGGCUCCUCCUAGGAGUGCUCAGAAGAGGAUGGGUGUAAGGACCCAGGAAGAGGCUUCCAGUGACCCGAACCAAGCUCCAGCUGAGCCUGAAAGACAUCUAGGGCUCCUCAGUGGUGCCAGGCCUGCAGAACAGGAGAGAGAAAGCCCAGAGGUUAGGAGUGGAGCCCCUGUUAUUGGGAGGACAGGCCUGGAGCAGGAUCCCUCUGCUGGAGCAGCAAGCGCUGGGCCCCAGGGCAGCAGCUCUCAGGAAGUCCUGCCAGUGGACCAGAAGGUAGGAUCUGGAGAUAUGGGGGCCCAGGAGGCAGAAGCUGGAGAGCCAAGGGUUCUGGAAACAGAGGCUGAAGGGGUGCCUUGGAAGGUUAUAGGGACACCAAUUACAGAUGCUGGGAGACCUGAGUCCCCAGAAAUAGAGACUGGUACAGCAGAAUCUGAAACACUGGAGGCCCAAGAGUCAGAAGCAGCAAGAUCAGAGGUCCUGGAGCCACAGGCUACCCGAACAGCACAGUCUGAGGUACUGAGGAUCCAGGAUAAAGAAAUUGGGGUUCUGGGGAUGCUGAGGACAGGGACUGAGAAAAGGGAGUCUAAGGAAUUUGGGAUCCAGAAAACAGUUGGGGGUCCUACAGUUCCAGGUAUCAAGACAGUGACAGCAGAAGCGAAGAUAUUGAAAGCCCAGGAGGUAGCAGAUGGGGGAGCUGGCAUGCUGAAGACAGAGGCUGAGAUACUGGGAACCCCAAAGACAGAGGCUGGGGAGGCAGAAGCUAGAAUAUUGGAGACUCAGAAGGUAGCAGCCAGAGGUUCAGAGGUUCCAAAGGUGGAGGCAGAGAUGGCAAAGGCUGAUAUAUUAGGAAUGCAGGAGACAGAGGUGGGGGCUUGGAGUAUUCCAAGGAUAGAGACUGAAACAGCAGUAACUGAGAUAUUGGGGACCCACAAGAUAACAUUUGAGGAUUCAGGGCCCCCACAAAUACAUUCUAGAAGAAAAGAGACCCAGGAGAUAGAGGUGGGAGGUUUGGGUGUUUCAGUGAUAGGGGCAGCAGAAGAUGGCAUAUCGGGGGCCCAGGAGAUAUCCACAGGUCAUGAAGGACUCUGGGUCGAAGCUGAGAAACCAGAAACCGAGAUGGAAGGGUCCCUGGAGGCAGAGGAGGAAGGCUUAGGGGUUUUGGAGGUAGACACUGGGCCAGCGGAAGCCAAGAUCUUAGAGGCUCCAGAGAUAGCAGCUGGGGUUUUGGGGGUUCUGGGAAUAGGAAUCAAGGGAGCCAGGGUCUUAGAAAUGGAGGCUGACUCUUCAGAAGUCCCAGAGACAGAAGCCAGAGAGCUAUCUGGGGGUUCUGUGGCACUGAGAACAGUGGCUGGGACAACAGAAUCUAAGAUGUUAGAGGCCCAGAAGACUGAAGUGGGGGGCUCUGGCAUUUCACAGGUAGAGGUUGGAGGGGCAGAGGCUGAAAUACUGGGGACCCAGGAAAUAGCAUCUGGUGGUUUAGGAGUUCCAAGGACAGAAGCUAAGAUGGACGAGUCUGAGUUCUUGGUGGCCCAGGAGACAGAAGAGAUUUGGGAGAUCCCAGAGGUAGAGACAGAAGCAGUGGAUACUGAGUUAUUUGGGACCCAGAAGGCAGAAAUAGAAGGUUUGGAGACCCCAGAGUUAGAAGCUGAGACAGUAAAAUCUGAGAUUCUGGAGUCCCCAGAGACAGAAGUGAGGGAAUCAGGGCUCCUGGGAACAGAGAGUGAGGUAGCAGAAGCUGGGAUGCUAGAAACUGGGAAGACAGAAGCAAGGGAUUCUGGGAUCUCCAGGCCAGAGGCUGGAACAAUAGAGGCUGAGGUACUGAGGGCCCAGAGAGCAGAAACUGUAGUUUGGGGAUCUGAGGAAGCAAAGACUGAUACUUUGGAGGUCUGGGAGCCUGGAGCUUGGGGAGCCCUCAAGUGUGAGGCUUUAAGCAUUGCAGUGAGUAGGCCAAGAGUUUCUGGGGCCGAAGACAUAGCACCAGAAGCCUCCAGGGUACAGGAGACAGAAAGCAAAUUUUUGGGGCUGGUAGAGGCCAAGUCUUGGACUUUGGGGCCCCAGGAAGCAGAGAGGGAGGGGUUUGAGUCUCCAGAGAAUAAAUCUGAUAUUUUUGAGGCCCAGGAAGCAGAAUGUGGGGUCUUGGAAACCAUGAAGGGGAAAGAAGCUGGUGAAAGUCUUCAAGAGGCCAGCCUGACUAAGGCACGGGUGGCCAGUGGGGCAGGGGCUGGGGGACCCAGGCCCUCGGGGGCCUCUUCCCCAGAGGAGCCUGAAGAGGACAGGAGGCUGCCGGGCAGCCAGGCACCACCUGCCCUGGUCAGCUCCAGCCAGUCCCUGCUGGAAUGGUGCCAACAGGUCACCAAUGGCUACCGUGGUGUCUGCAUCACCAAUUUCACCACAUCCUGGCGCAACGGCCUGGCCUUCUGUGCUAUUUUACAUCGAUUCUACCCAGAUAAGAUCGACUAUUUCUCUCUUGACCCCCACGACAUCAAACAGAACAACAAACAGGCUUUUGAUGGCUUCGCUGCCCUAGGCGUGUCUCGCUUGCUGGAACCAGCGGACAUGGUGCUUCUGUCCGUACCUGACAAGCUCAUCGUCAUGACGUACCUGUGCCAGAUCCGAGCUUUCUGUACUGGGCAAGAGCUGCAGCUGGUGCAACUGGAGGGCGGUGGUGGCUCUGGCACUUACCGUGUGGGCAACGCCCAGCCGAGCCUGGCCGACGGCCUGAACGCAGGCGACCUGGCACAGCGUCUACGGGAGCAUGGGGCUGAAGCGCCCACAGAGCCCAAGGAGGCUGUGAACCGCGGGACUGGGGCGGUACCCAAGGUGGCCUCUAGGGACACGGACCUGGGCUGCACCUCCAAGGAUGGGGAGACUGAGGCAACCCAGGACGCAAGCUCCCCAGGGGCACCCUCCGAUGGCCCCAGAGCCCGGUCAUCCACGUCCCCCGUGGCCCCCACAGAGGGGCUGGUAAACGGAGUUGGGGCGCCGGGUGUUACAAGUGGUGUGAGACUGAGACGGUCCUCGGUCAAUGGAGAGACCGGGCCGGUACCCCCACCCCGAUCACAUGGCUCUUUCUCCCACGUGCGUGACGCUGAUUUGCUAAAGAAGAGGCGAUCCAGGCUACGGAAUAGCAACUCCUUCUCUGUGGAUGACCCGGACUCUGGAGCUGCAGUCGGCGCGGGACCUGCAGGAGUUGGGGCUGUGGAAGGCCCAAGCCCUGACUCCAGCCUUGACUCAGGCCCACGCACAGCCGCAGCCCCGCAGCAGCCUUCUGGUGGGAGCCCUCCUUCAGAGGAGUCACCCCCUAGUCCAGGGGACGAGGCUGGCCUGCAACGCUUCCAGGACACAAGUCAGUACGUGUGUGCAGAGCUCCAGGCCCUGGAGCAGGAGCAGAGGCAGAUAGAUGGGCGGGCCGCUGAGGUGGAGAAACAGCUGAGGAGCCUUAUGGAAUCAGGUGCCAACAGGCUGCAGGAGGAGGUGCUGAUCGAGGAGUGGUUCACCCUGGUCAACAAGAAGAACGCACUCAUCCGGAGGCAGGACCAGCUGCAGCUGCUCAUCGAGGAACAGGACUUGGAGCGGAGGUUUGAACUGCUGAGCCGGGAGCUGCGGGCCAUGAUGGCCAUUGAAGAGUGGCAGAAAACCGUGGCGCAGCAGCACCGAGAGCAGCUCCUGUUGGAGGAGCUAGUGUCGCUGGUCAAUCAGAGGGAUGAGCUGGUCCGGGACCUGGACCAGAAGGAGCGAAUUGCUCUAGAGGAAGAUGAGCGCCUGGAACGCGGCCUGGAGCAGCGACGUCGCAAGGUGAGCCGGCAGCUGAGCAGGCGGGAACGCUGCAUGCUGAGCUGAACCUCCUGCCUGGUUCUCGCCCUUCUUUUCUCUGGUCAUGGACCCUUCCUCGCCAGUCCCCAAGCCUGCACAGCGGAGGACAGAGCCCUCAUACUCCUUCAGCCGACAGAAGCAUGGCGGACUGGACCCGCGGACUGGAGCAGUCGAGCCCGCCCGGCAGUAUUUAUUUAUCGAGUGUGUGUGAAUGUUUUGGUGGUGGCCAGGAUUCCAGGGCGCUGCACAGAACUCUUCCCCUGUCUACAGAGCGGAGCCUGCCUGCCACCUACAUCCUUCCCUUUGUGUCUGGAGCAAUAAAGUUGGAGCGCCUGCCCUUUCUCAGGA